AUGGCGUCGACUGUGGUCGGGGACACCUGCGACAGCCUCUUUGGGCCUGUGGUCAGUCAACAUGGUUGUCGUGGGGGGUUCGACUUUACAGUUCUAUUCGAAGCAUGGAUAUUCAGCAUUACUCCAGCAGCCUGUUUUCUCCUGCUGCUACCAAUUCGUCUGUUUCAGCUGUCUAGAGAGUCUUUGAAAGUAAAAUCUUCAUUGACUCAUUUGGCGACACUGGCCAUCACGACAGUAUUAGCAGGAAUCCAAGUCGCUCUGCUUGUAUUUAGUGCGUCGCAACACUACCCCGCACAGUAUGUGUCAGUUGCGGGUGAUACCCUCAGCCUUAUAGUGGCAGUUUUCAUUGUUGUUCUGCUUCAUUUGGAGCACACCCGGGCUGUUCGUCCCUCGUUCCUUGUCUCUGCAUAUCUGUCUAUUACGGUGCUUUUAGACAUUGCGCGAGUGCGUACCGCCUGGCUGUUACCAUAUGGUAGAGCAUAUCCGGCCUGCCUUACCGCGUGUCUAGUUACUAAGUUGCUCCUCCUGGUGCUGGCAAAUGUUGAAAAACGCAAAUUGUUGUUGACGGCCGAAAAGACACAGUCUAUUGAGAGUACAAGUGGGCUCUUUAGUCGGGGUUUGUUUGCCUGGCUCAACGAGUUGCUGAGAAAAGGACACACGUUGCUGCUCACUGGCGAUACGCUACCUAACAUCCACGAGAAACUGUCGUCUCGUGAUUUAUCUGAUCGAUUUUCAAAGUCAUGGGCGCUGUGUGACCAGAGUCGUAAGCAUGCGUUGCUGCUGGCUGUCGUUAAUUGCCUUCGCUGGGAUAUUGCUGCUAUUGCUCUCCCUCGACUCGCCCUGAUCGGUUUUAGCAUAGCGCAGCCAUUCCUAGUUGGCAAGACUGUCACAUACCUCGAGCAGACCGAGUCUUCGUUGAAUAUUGGCUAUGGAUUGAUAGGAGCUACCGCAAUUGUCUUUAUUGGGGUUGCUGUCACCACGGCAUCUUAUCAGCACCUGGGAUUUCGUGCUACAACCAUGGUCCGCGGUGGCCUUAUGGCUCUUGUCUACCAGCACAUGAUGGAGCUGCCACUGGGGAGCACCGAUGAGUCUAGUGCCAUGUCCCUUAUGGGUGCUGACGUUGAAAUGCUUGCGGAGUACUUUCACUCUACAGUGUGCGAAUCCUGGGCUAGCAUCAUACAGCUGGGACUGGCCGCUUGGAUUCUUCAGACUCAGAUCGGUGUUGUCUGUAUCACACCCAUUUUGAUUGUAACAGCUUUUACCGCUGCUUCUUUUGCUAUGGGCAAUGCUGUGUCCAUUCGGCAGAAGACAUGGCUACAAGCUACAGAGAAGCGCAUCAAUUUCACCAGCCACGUUCUCGGCUCAAUAAAAAACGUGAAGUUUCUAGGACUAACAGAGAUUAUAAAGAGAUCCAUUGAAGGCUUACGGAUUGAUGAGCUUGAGAUAUCCAAGAAGUUCCGCCGAGUCCAAACCGUCCGUGUCUGCAUGAUAAACCUUCCAAGAAUUAUUGCGCAGUUUGCCACCUUCGCGACCUAUGCUGUGGUUGCGAAGGUGCAGGGGUCUGAUGGUCUUUCUGUCUCACAAGCCACCACGGCCCUUUCGCUGAUAAAUCUGCUGAUCACUCCACUCAUUCAUCUGUUGUUGGCAGUUCCAGACACAUUCGCAUCAAUAGGAUGUCUUUAUCGAGUCCAAGACUUCUUGAGACGUCCAAAUAUUGUUGAAAGAAGGAAACUGCUUCAAUCAGAAGCAGUCAAUCCUGCGUCACCUACUAAUUCUACCGAAAUCGAGCUUUCUGACUAUCCUUGGCUCGGGACUAGGGGAGUUUCCUCGGCAGAGAAUCAGUCUGACGUGCUGAUCUCCCUACAAAAUGCCCGGUUUGGCUGGAAUAGCUCUCCGCUAGAUAGUGCUGGUAUCACACUCAAUCUAAGCCCCUCGCCCUUGGGUACACUAGUUGCGAUUGUCGGUCCUGUGGGAAGCGGAAAGUCAACGUUCCUCAAAGGCCUCGCAAAUGAGACGUCCGUUCUCGAUGGCGAAGCUUUCAUCAAGUACCCAGAUCUGGCCUUUUGUGAGCAAACUCCAUGGCUAACGAAUACGACGAUCCGGGAAAAUAUCAUUGGGGAGAAUGCAUCCGCUGCGUUUGACGCUGAUUGGUAUUCGACCGUGGUGAUCGCAUGUGCGCUAGAUUCCGAUCUUAAGAAGAUGCCAGCGGGUGAUGAGACGUCCGUUGGUAGCAAAGGCUCUAAACUUAGUGGAGGGCAAAAGCAAAGAAUUGCUAUAGCGCGAGCUGUCUAUGCUCGCAAGCGCAUUGCAUGCUUCGAUGAUACUUUGAGUGCUCUUGACAAUGCAACCUCUCGGCUGGUAUUCAACAAUGUCUUUGGCCCGUCUGGACUGCUGCGUCAACUGGGCUGUACUGUAUUCCUCACGACUCACAAUGUCCAAUACCUACCACAGGCCGACUUUAUAGUCGUACUUGGAGAAAAUGGCAAUAUUUUGGAGCAAGGCAGCUUCUCUCAGCUUCUCGAUAACACCGGAGGAUAUGUUGACCGGCUAGGUAUCCAACCAGGACGUAUUGAGAAAGAAGAGAUGCAGAAUGACAAUACAAUCGGGAUUCCAGAGACUCUUGAAGUCAUACCAAGCCGCACGUCCACCCCGGCUUCUACCGAUGAACGCCGACAGACGACUGAUAUUGCUGUUUACAAGUACUAUUUCUCUGCCAUGGGCUGGUUCCGAGUCUUUGUCCUGAUUUUCUUACUGGUGGUGAAUGGUGGUAUUGGUGGACUGCGCAGUGCUUGGAUUGAGAUGUGGUCCUCUAGCCCCGACAGCUCUUCAAGCACGAGAUUGAGUUACUGGCUUGGAAUGUAUGGGGCAUUGUCCUUCAUCGAAGCUACUUCAAUGGUUCUUGCGGUAUAUUGGACCUGGGUCGUCAUUGUACCGGCCGCGUCGAAAAAUGUCCAUGCUACCGUACUGCAAACUUGCAUGAGUGCCCCUUUGUCCUUCCUAUCUCAUGUAGACACAGGCUCUCUCAUCACCCGUUUCAGCCAAGACAUGAGGCUAGUGGACAUGAUCCUCCCUCGAGGUUUCAUCUCCACAGGAUUCCAAAUCGUUGGGGCGCUUUCGCAAGCCGCAAUUGCCGUAGCUUCAUUGCCCUAUCUGGCUGUAGCCCUGCCUUUCGUAGUUGGGAUGCUAGUGCUAGUCCAGCGCUUUUACCUGCGCACAUCUCGCCAGUUACGGCUGCUAGAGAUCGAGCUCAAAAGCCCCCUUUACACCCAUUUCAUUGAAUCGCUCGCCGGUAUCGUUACUAUCCGUGCCUUUUCAUGGACUACCGCUUCCACGUCCAAAAUGCUGUACUUACUUGAUAGAGCCCAAAGGCCCUUCUAUCUCCUGCUGUGUAUUCAGCAAUGGCUCGGUCUGGUGCUAAAGCUUAUGGUGGCCGGCAUGACUGUCAUUCUUAUCGGGGCUGCUGUAGCUCUGCGCGGACAUGUGAGCCCCGGUCUGUUAGGUAUUGCGCUGAUUGGGAUGAUGAAUCUGGGAGAUUCACUCUCAGAACUGAUUCAGAACUGGACUCUCCUGGAAACUUCUUUGGGUGCGAUUGCCAGGAUCAAGGAGUUCUCGGAAGAUACCCCAAGUGAGGAACAAGAUGCAGCCUAUGAGCAGCUGCCAGACACAGAAUGGCCAAGUAGGGGUGAUAUCUCAUUCGUUGGUGCAGACAUUGCGUAUGAGUCUGAGAACGCAGAGCUCGUGUUACGCAGUAUUGGUCUAGAUAUUCGUGCUGGGGAGAAAGUUGGACUGUGUGGUAGGACCGGAAGCGGCAAGAGCACCCUGGCUCUAUCACUACUCCGUCUCAACGAGGUGGUUUCUGGCCAGAUCCUUAUUGACGGAAUAGACAUAUCAACUGUUCCUCGGGCAUUAAUUCGGCACCGGAUCAGCUCUCUCAGUCAAGAAGCCUUCCUUUUCCCAGGUACCAUUCGGCAAAACGUCGAUCCUUUAGGCAUUGCUAGCGAUGUCGAUAUCAUCGUAGCUCUCAAAUGUGUCGAAAUCUGGAAAGCUCUUGUGUCUGCGACGAACAGCGGCGUCAACAGCGGGGCGUUGCUAGAUGCGAUACUGACUGAUACCACUAUGUCUGAGGGCCAAAAACAGUUAUUCUGCCUAGCAAGGGCGCUUCUCAAGAAGAGUAAUAUUCUGAUACUAGAUGAGCCGACAAGCAGCCUGGAUGCAGAGACAGAUGCCAAGGUCCAGAAAGUCAUUCGCCAGGAGUUCCAGAACUGCACUAUCAUUAUGGUUGCGCAUAGAGUUCAUACAAUGCUCGACUUUGACCGAGUUGUUGUUCUGGAUAGUGGUCGGGUCAUAGAAGAGGGUCACCCCUCGGAAUUGCUGGCGAACAAAGAAGGCGUGUUCUCAAGCCUGCACCAUCUGGAGCAGUCAACAGAAAGUAAACAGAACCUUUGA